AUGGAGCUGCACAUUCUGGACCACAGACUGCGAGUCGCCAGCAUCACCAAAAGCGGCCUGGCUCAUUUCACACACCCGCUGAUCAAGUUGAUAUUUCUCCGCCGCCGGACGCGAUGCAAGUUCUUCAGUAUGACCGAGACCCCCGAGAACUACACGCUCGUGUUGGAUGAGGAGGGCUUCAAAGAGUUGGAGGCGUCUGAGCAUGUGCAGGUGGAGAGCUCUGUAUGGCUGCCGCUCAACGUACUGUCAGAUGGCAACGCUUCGGUCAGCUCGCAGCCGCUCGGAGUCACCAAGAUCGCCAAGUCCGUCAUCGCGCCACUGGCAUGCCAGCACGUCUCCGUCUUCAUGCUUUCCACCUAUCAGACCGACUUCAUACUGGUGAGAGAACAGGACCUGUCAGUUGUUGUUGGCACUCUAGAGGAGGAAUUUAACAUUUACCGUGAGGUAGGAGGAGAGUCGCUUCUUGUCCGAAGCCACAAUGUCGCCAAUGGCCUCCACAAGAACGGAAAAGAAGCUGUGCAGCCCACACUUCACCCAGUGCUCAUCCCACAAAACCGGUUCUGCGUCAUGUCCCUGGAUCCAGACACGUUGCCCUCCGUCGCUACUACGCUCAUUGACGUGCUAUUCUACUCUGGCUGUGCCAAAGAGGAUCAGGCGUCUUCUCUGAGCCCAGAUUUGGAGCACAUCAAGUUCUUCUCUUUCUCCCUCAUUGACGGUUACGUUUCACUGGUCAUGGACACAGACACACAAAGAGAAUUCCCUGCCGACCUCCUCUUCACAAGCUCCUCCGGAGAACUAUGGAGGAUGGUGCGCAUCGGCGGACAACCGUUAGGCUUCGACGAAUGCGGCAUCGUAGCGCAGAUAUCCCAGCCUCUGGCUGACCACGACAUCUCCGCCUAUUACAUCAGCACCUUCAGCUUUGACCAUGCUCUGGUCCCUGAAGAAGACAUCACGAGCGUGAGCGACAUGCUCCACAAGCAGCGGACGGACCCGACCAGCGGCUGA